AUGAUUGAAUUAGGAUUGAGCCGAGUUGCGAGUUUGCUCCAACAGACUCCGCUCACAUGGAAGGCCAUUCACAUUGCUGGAACUAAUGGUAAAGGCUCUAUCAGUGCCUACCUCUCCCAUUUACUCGCGACCGGCGGAGUACGUUGCGGACGAUUCACUUCUCCACACUUAAUUGAUCGAUGGGACUGCAUUACAAUCGGGGAGAAGGUGGUUCAGGAAUCAUUGUUCCGACGAAUCGAAGAUCAGGUCAAAUUACGAGAUCAAACACUAGGUAUCGGGGCUUCAGAAUUUGAACUUCUUACCGCAACGGCUUUCGAAAUAUUCAACCAUGAGCGUGUCGAAGUGGGUGUCGUGGAGGUGGGAAUGGGAGGCCGCCUCGAUGCUACCAACGUUCUGAAUAAUGUCCUUGUGUCAGUGAUUGCGAAGAUCGGAAUGGACCACCAAGCCUUCCUUGGAUCUACGAUCGGGGAGAUCGCGCGCGAAAAAGCGGGGAUUCUGAAGCCCGGAGUCCCUUGUGUGGUGGACAACACAAAUGACCCAGAGGUGAUCGAGACCGUGAAGGAGCAUGUUCAAGAACUGGGCAUUGGAUCUUCUUUUGUCUCUCCUCCUCAAUGUCCAUCGCUGGCGCCUUACUUCAAGGUAUUGGAUCUAGAGCCCCACCAGCAGCAAAACAUGUGUUGUGCUGUGUCCGCUCUGAAUCUUGCCUUGCCUCACCUGAGACCUCAUAUGACGACCUCGGACGUUCUACCGCUUCUCCCAGGUCUUGCCGAUGUCCAAUGGCCCGGUCGCUUGCAGAACAUCGACCUUCACCCACUCAUUGAUCGCAGAAAGCCCAUUCUACUAGAUGGUGCCCAUAACGCGCAAUCGGCUGAAGUACUCGGCAAGUAUGUCGAUCGCAGGCUGCGGUCUGAUAGCAAACCAGUCACCUGGGUAGUCGCUGCGUCCAGUGGUAAAGAUCUAGCCGGAGUUUUUGGCUCCAUCAUCCGUCCCGGGGAUUGCAUUGCCACCGCAGAGUUUGGGCCAGUGGAUGGAAUGCCCUGGGUGCAGUCAACCAACGCCACAGAGCUGGCGUCUUCCAUUCAGGCCCUCCAAGAUGUCGGGAAGGUGCAGAGCUUCGAAGGCGAUUUACUCCCUGCUCUUCGCUGGGCCAGCGACGAGGCCCAAGGGGGACCUCUGGUCAUUGCUGGUAGCCUCUACCUAGUUUCUGAUGUGCUACGCCUACUUCGGGAGGCUCAAAAAUGA